CAAGGGCUGAAGGCUGGAAGCUGGGGCGCGUGACCAGCCUUGCCUCUGUAGAAGCACUCCAGGAGUGCCGCCGCCGUGCCCGCCGUCCCCACGCCCACCGUCCGCCUGGCUGCCCACUGGUCCUCUGGCACAGAGCCAUGGCCCAGGGUCGCAGGGCUACGGUAGGCAUGGUCCUGCUGGGGCUGGGGCUGGCCCUGGCCAUCAUCGUGCCCGCUGUGGUCCUCUCUCGCCACCUCGCCCACUGCGGCCCCCAGGCCUUUGACCACGCUGCGGUCGCCGCUGACUCCAAGGUCUGCUCGGACGUUGGACGCGCCAUCCUCCAGCAGAACGGCUCGGCCAUGGAUGCCACCAUCGCAGCUCUGGUCUGCACAGGUGUCGUCAACCCCCAGAGCAUGGGCCUGGGUGGAGGGGUCAUCUUCACCAUCUACAAUGCGACCACAGGGAAGGUGGAGGUCAUCAAUGCCAGGGAGACAGUGCCUGCCAGACACGUCCCGGAUCUGCUGGACCAGUGUGAGCAGGCCCAGCCACUGGGCACAGGGGCCCAGUGGAUUGGGGUGCCUGGGGAGCUCCGUGGCUACGCCGAGGCCCACCGCCGCCACGGCCGCCUGGCGUGGGCGCAGCUGUUCCAGCCCACCAUCGCGCUGCUCCGAGGGGGCUACCGCCUCCCCCCUGUCCUCGGUCAGUUCCUCAACCACAGCCUCCUGCGGCCUUCCUUGAAUGCCUCGUCCCUGAGGCAGCUCUUCUUCAACGGGACAGAGCCGCUGAGGCCUCAGGACCCAUUCCCGUGGCCCACGCUGGCUGCCACCCUGGAGACUGUGGCCACGGAGGGCGCAGAGGUCUUCUACACGGGGAGGCUGGGCCAGACGCUGCUGGAGGACAUUGCCAAGGAAGGCAGCUGGCUGACCCUGCAGGACCUGGCGUCGUUUCGGCCGGAGGUGGUGGACGCCCUGGCGGUGCCCCUGGGAGACUACACCCUGUACUCACCACCACCGCCUGCAGGGGGCGCCAUUCUCAGCUUCAUCCUCAAUGUGCUCAAAGGGUUCAACUUCUCGGCAGAGUCAGUGGCCCGGCCCGAGGGGAGCGUGAACUUGUACCAUCACCUCGUGGAGACCCUCAAGUUUGCCGGGGGGCAGAGGUGGCGGCUGUGGGACCCUCGAAGCCACCCGGAGCUCCAGAAUGCCUCCCAGGUCCUGCUGGGGGAGGCUCUGGCAAAGCACGUCCGCCAGCAGAUCGACGCCCGGGGGGACCACCAGCUCAGCCACUACAGCCUGGCCGGGGCCUCGGGCUACAGGAUGGGCACAGCCCACGUGUCUGUGCUGGCAGAGGAUGGUAGUGCUGUGGCCGCCACCAGCACCAUCAACACGCCCUUCGGAGCGAUGGUAUACUCACCGCGCACAGGGAUUCUCCUUAACAAUGAGCUCCUGGACCUUUGCUGGAGGCGCCUGACGGGCUCCAGUAUCACCCCCCGACCCGUUGCAGGUGAGCGGCCCCCAUCAUCCAUGGUACCCUCCAUCUUGGUCAACGCAGCUCAGGGGUCAAAGCUGGUGAUUGGCGGGGCUGGGGGGGAGCUCAUCAUCUCUGCUGUGGUCCAGGCCAUUGUGAACAAGCUGUGGCUUGGCUUUGACCUGGAAGCAGCCAUCGCAGCCCCGAUCCUGCACGUCAACAGCCAGGGCCAGGUGGACUACGAGCCCAGUUUCAGCCAGGAGGUGCGGAAGGGGCUUCAGGACCGGGGCCAGAGCCAGAGCAGGAGGCCCUUUUUCCUGAACGUGGUCCAGGCUGUGUCCCAGGACGGCGCCUGUGUGUAUGCCGCGUCGGACCCGAGGAAGGGGGGGAAGGCCUCGGGCUACUGACGAGGCUGCCCCUGAGAGCCAGGGUCCGGGUGCCAUCGGUGUCCAGGCUGGCCUUGGCCAUGAGACCGAGAGCUCCAGUGGGAUCUGGACUGAGGGAUCAGCCUGGGGCUGCAAGCGGUGGGGACAGCAUGGCAGAUGGAGGACCAUGGGGGCUCAUGCCCUGCCUGCCCUGCGCUGGCCCCUCCAGCCUUCCCCAGGCCUCUCACUCAGGACUGUGGCCCACCCCCAUCUGUAUAUCUUGCAGUCCAAGAUUAAAGAGGAGGCCGGACAUGAGCUGAUUUGGGGUCGAGGUAGGGAAGGGGACCCUCAGUACACACAUUGAGCUCCUACAGUCCUCUGCUACAUACCACCGUGGAGGUGGGGAAACCGAGGCUCAGAGAGGGGCCGGGCCGCCCCUGGACAGGGGCAUGCACCCCCCGUCCCCCACUUGCUGGGGCUCCACAGCAUGGCUGCCUGCGACCCGCCUAUGGUGGGAAGGGACGUGGCCUGGGGGUGCCAGCCUCUGCCUCUUGUCGAGGCCCAAUCUCUGGAUCUUGUCCUCCGUGCCAGGGGAAGCUUGGAUGAAGCAAAACCUGAGAGCCCACCUGGCCCCAGCCACAACAGCCCAUUUCUCACCCUUGGCACUGUUGGCAUUCUUUCUGGGGGGCUGUCUCCACACGGUAGGAUGUUGAGAAGCCUGCCUGUCCUCCACCUGCUGGACGCGGCAGCAACCCCCCCACAGACAGUUGUGAUGCCACCAGAUCACCCCGUGAGACACUGCUCUGGACCCAGGAGCCCCCAGCUGCUGUGAAGGGCUUUCCUGCUGCUGGACAGGCUGCCCGCCCUGGGAGCACCUCACUGGACUGACCUGGGCGACCUGCCCCGCGACAGUUGCUGGGAGCCUGGAGUGUUUCUGUUUCACCCCAAACAUCCCACAUGCCGAUGCUCUGCUCCUGAGCUGUCGCUCCCACUCUGCCCUGGAGGCCACCAAGCAGGGUGGGCGGUGUUAGUUCCCUGUGGCUGCUGAGACCAAGUACCGCAGACCGA